GUAAAGGGAAGAAUUUUGCAAUAGGCGAAUGGAGUAGCAAAGUAAGAUGCAGAUCUGAUGAAAAAUGGCUGUUUGGCUCAAGUUGCUCUUACUGUCUGGUGCCCUGCUCUCUGGACUGAUGUACUAUGCCACUGACCAUCAUGGAAGUGGAAAGAAGACAAACGUGAAGAAGCCAAACUUCAUUAUCAUCCUGGCUGAUGACAUUGGCUGGGGUGACUUUGGGUUGAACGUGCCCGGAAAGAGUCACACACCCCACCUGGACCUGAUGGCCCAAGAAGGAAUGCGGUUCACAGAUUUCCAUUCGCCGGCCUCUACCUGCUCGCCAUCCCGCGCUGCAAUCCUAACAGGGCGCCAUGGCCUGCGAAAUGGAGUCACUCACAACUUCGCAGUGGGGUCCAUCGGUGGGCUUCCCCUCAAUGAAACCACCCUGGCUGAAGUCCUGCAUGAGGCAGGCUACUACACAGCCAUGAUUGGGAAAUGGCAUCUCGGUCACCAUGGCCCAUAUCAUCCAAGCCACAGAGGCUUUGAUUACUGCUUUGGGAUUCCCUACAGCAAUGAUAUGGGCUGCACAGACUCACCUGGCUUUGACCUCCCAAGCUGUCAACCAUGUGAUCGUGAUACGCAGAUACACAGAGAGGAGCAUAGCGGGUGUUACUCCAAGGUGGCCUUGCCCUUAUUUGAGAAUCUGAGCAUCGUGGAGCAGCCCCUAAACCUCUGGACCUUGGCGGAGCAGUACACACAUACAGCCAUCCGAAUCAUCCGCAACUCGAGAAGAAGAGCCCGGCCUUUCCUGCUGUAUGUGGCUCUGUCUCACAUGCAUGUGCCACUUUCACCCGCUGUGCCUCCCGGCCCAGGAGACCCAGGGCUUGUGUAUGCUGCCAGUCUGAAGGAGAUGGACAGCCUUGUGGGGGCGAUAAAGAGCGCUUCAGAUGACAAUGAUAAGGACAACACCUUAAUCUGGUUUACUGGUGACAAUGGCCCAUGGAACGAGAAAUGUCAGUUUUCUGGAAGUGUGGGUCCUUUUUUGGGAAGGUGGCAGAGAGACAGAGGUGGAUGCUCUGAUAAGAGGACCACAUGGGAAGGGGGACACCGCAUGCCAACAGUGGCAUACUGGCCAGGGAAGAUACCAGCCAACACUACCAGCCGGGCCCUGCUCAGUGGACUGGAUAUCUUCCCCACUGUCCUUUCCUUGGCAGGUGCCAAGGCACCAUUGCACAGACACUACGAUGGGCUGGAUGUGACGGAUGUUCUACUCCGUGGCUCAGAGACCGGACAUAAGAGUCUGCUUCACCCUAACAGUGGUGCAGCAGGGCAGUUUGGGGACCUGCAGACAGUCCGGCUGGGCCAGUACAAGGCUUUCUACAUUACAGGUGGUGCAAAAGCCUGUGGAGGUGGAACAGGGAAGCAGGAAGUCCAUGACCCCCCUCUCAUUUUUGACCUGAAUCAUGAUGAGGAGGAGAGUACUCCCUUGGACAGCGGCAGCGAGGAGUACCAGGCCGUCCUGGAACAAGUGCAGGAGGAGAGGGCAGCAGUGCUGCGGGACAUAGCAAAUGACCAUGUGUCCAGGGCCGACUACACUGUGGACCCCUCCUUCGCCCCAUGUUGUAACCCCAGUCAUGUGACCUGCCGUUGCCACGAUGGGGGCUGAGUGCUGCAGCAAGCUACCCAGACGGCGUGCAUUAAAAUCCUGUGUGGGAUGCCCCUGUAACAUGUCCAGCCUGUUUAGGCUUGAGCCCGACUGUUUGCCCCCCUCUUGAUUUCACAAGCAGAGGAGCAGAACGCUUGGCCUGCAUUUGGAGGGGUAAGUCGAAAACAGGAAGGAAAUGGCUUCUGACAUAUUCACUUCCAUUGAUUAUCGGAAAACAACACAGGAAGAUACUGUUUACUUUGUCAUUCAACGGUCAUUGCACCAGCUGCUGUGGAUCCAGUAUGCUCUCUGAUAACCUUUUGUUGUUCUUCUGUGAAUAAGCCGCAACAGAGUGAGAGUGAUUUUAGUGCUAACCUAAAUCUACUCUGGUGGAACUGCUCUUCACUCCUGAAGUAACAUAUUUAUGUAAUACAUCACUGCCCUUAUAAUCCUGUUGCAGAAUAUAGGAAAUUAAUAUGCUUGCUAUAGAUGGGAAACAAUAUCCAAGUUACACUUUGAAGGCCCUUGUGUCAAUUAGAUGGGCUAGUUGCUGAAUCAUGCCAACUGGUUAGUCGGAUCAGUGAGAGCGAGGCCACACGAAUAGGAGCCAGGAGGCAGCGGCAUGUGCAAAGCUUGUCACUGAGACUAAUGUGCCACCAAUGAGAUCAUUACUUGUCUCCACAUGGCUGCCGCACCCAGGGCCACAUGGGUCAUUAAUGUCUGCAGUGCAGUCACCCAGAAUGGAUUCUAGACAGUGCUCCGAGGGACCUGAUUUUUCAUUUGACUGCGUUAACAUCACGCAUACAAGAAAAGUGUGUUUUCGCAUGGAAGUGAUUCCACGCUGUGGCCACAGUCAUUUUCCCAUCAUUCAGUUAAGGAUUAUAGGUGUUUCUUAAUCGUUGCAUUUGACGUUUGUUCCCCAGGUUUUGCAGAUCGAUGUAGGAAACUAGUAUCUCGCUGCCUAAAAAAUAAGCGAAAUCUGUUUUGUCCAGGACUCAAAGGUACCAACUGCAGAUAUUGUAUUUCAGGUUUCAUGGAAUUGGAUAUGUCUUCGCUAUUUUCUGGUUGUGUGUUAAAGUUGGUGUUUUAUUUCACAAAAGAUGAUAAUUUAGUGGAAAUCAUCCCAGUGUAAACAAUCUAUUGAGAGUGUGAAUGUCAACAGGAGGAACUUUAAUCAGCUUGUUGUAACAAAUCCAGCAAUCCCACUCAAGGUACAGUGUCUCAGAGGGAGACUGGAAACCAUUUCAAAUGAUGUUAUCUGAUAGUCUUUCCAGACUGCUUUCCAGUCGGGUUCGAUAUCAUGAUCAUAUCAUUGGGCUUCCAUUUGUAUGUGAGAGAAUCCUGAGCACCUUUCGGAUUAGAAAAAGUUCUAAGGUUUGUGUUUGUGAAUGGUAGAAUAUAUAGAGACAUUGAGGAUGUUAAAAGAGGACUACAGUGGGCUUUCAGUUGUAUUGACAUGGCCUCUCUGAUUUCUACAUGUCUGAACCAUGUCUCAUUCAAGUGAAAUCCAGUGCUCGCAUUCUUUGUACUUUUCUUUGGAAUUUUCCUUGUAACAGCUAAUCCUCUUCAUUCAUGUUGUUAAUCUUGCACAGAGCUGAGAAAUAAUCACCCAAGGCACACUAGUGAUUUGCAUAAU